AUGUUAGGGAGUAAGCGUGUCACUACUAGGGAUGUCGACAUUAAUGUCUUAUCCUUCCCCGAAUUCCCCGAGGAUCCCAUGAUUAAAGCCCGUUUUCCUUUCGACGAUGAUAAUUCAAUAAUGAAAAUCACCUACUUGGAUCCAAAGGAGGCCGUCAAGGCCGACGUUGCCACCCGACGAGCACAACAUAUCCCCUUGCUUUUGAAAUAUUCCCUGACGGACCCAAAAACAAACUUCACGUACGCCAACUAUCAACUCCUCCUUGCCGACAAAAUUAGAACUUUGGCUGAGCGUGGAGAAUGUAAAGACAAAAAGCGAGAGACUGAUCUUGCUGACAUCAAAUUCUGCAUUGAAGAGAUGUUUAUGAGAGACGAAAAAAUGCCUGAGGACCUCAAAUUCUUGUACUCUGUGGAGGAUUGGGGUAAAGUCCUGGAAUAUCUGAAAGGUGAGGAGGAGCACGAGGGGGCUUGUGCUUUUAGGCGCGCUACAGUGAUUAUCGAUUAUGCCCGCUACGUAAGACGUUUGCAUCGCUUUCGUCAUCGUUCUGGGGCCCUCAAAGGCGCCCACGAAUGCUUUGUUUGGUUCUAUUCCGAAUUAUAUACCUGUGUCAUUGUACCUGAAUUUUCGGUGCUAGAAGAUUUCAAUGAAAUUACGUGUGAGGGUUCUAUUCGGUAUCGAAGUGCCUGCAAAUACUGA